AUCAGGUGCGCGGGCUUGGUGGAGGGAGCACGUGUUUAGGCCACGUUGGGUCACUCUCCUUUUUAACGCGACCUGAUCGGGAGAUGUGAGGGGAUCGGCCUGGAGAGCAGCCCGGCGCACCAGCCCGUCCUGAUCUUCACGCGCGACCCCUACCUGAAUGCCCGCGCCAGCACCACGCCCACCAUCGCCAACAGCGUGAUCAAGGGCGUCCUCACCGCCCUCUACGACCAGAACUUCCACAUGCCCGCCUAAGGGAGCCGACGGACUUCAGGAUGACUCGCCUGCAGCUGUGGCAGGGCGUCGUGUUCCUCCUGCUGUGGCUUGCCUACGGAGCCACCUACCUCCUGCGCAAGCCCCUGGGGAUUAUCAAGGCCGACCUCGAGGUGAGUUUCAAGGUGAAGCCCUCCAGCCUGGGGUGGGUGGACACGGCCCUGCUCCUGCCCUACGCCCUGGUGUCGCUUGCCCUGGGUUCGCUCGGGGACUGGCUGGGGCCGCGCCUCACCCUGGCCGGAGGACUCGUGCUCUCGGCGGCCGCCACCGUGCCCAUGGCCUCGUGUCAGUCCCUGCCGCCCCUGCUGGUGCUGCUCACCGUCAGCGGGGCGGGGCAGGCGCUGUGCUGGCCCGCCGCCUGCUCCCUGCUCUCCCGCUGGUUUUCCGACGCCUCGCGGAACUCCGUGUUCGGCAUGUUUGGGACGUGCUGCUUCCUGGGCGGCCUCGCGGGCACUGGCCUCGCUGUGUACAUGCAGGCUGAGCAUGGGUGGCGCUCUGUGUUCCUCCCCCCUGCUGUCAUCGUGGCCUGUUUGGGCGUGUUGGUCAGCCUGCUCGGGAAGAAUCCUGCUGAUCUGGGGCUGGUUGUCCCCAACAGAGCGGCCGACCAGCAGGCGAAGGACGGCAAGGAGAGCGGCACAUCCAUGUUCAAAGUCUUUCGGAUGGCCAUGGUGCCCGAGGUGUCCGUGUCCAUGUUCUGCAUCAAGGCCGUGCGCUACGCCCUCAUGUUCUGGCUGCCUCUGUACCUGACGCGGACACUCGGCUACACCCAGACCGGCGCCGGCCUCGCCUCGACCUCCUUCGAGGUGGGUGGCGUCGUGGGCAGCGCCUGCGUGGGCAUGGUCGUGGACCGGUGGAUGGGGGGCCGUGCCCUGCUCGCCAGCACCAUCGCCAUCGCAGGCUCGGCCGUGUCGCUGCUGCUGUUCAUGCUGACGGCGUCGUGGGGCUUCGUCUUCCACGCCGUGUUCCUGGCCAUCGCGGGAGCCCUGAACUGCGGCCCCGACGUCCUCCUGGCGGGCUCGGUGGCGGCAGACAUCGGGGAGCGAGAGGGCGGCGCGCCGACGGCCGUGACGAGCGUGGUCAACGGCAUGGGGUCUCUGGGGACGGUGCUGGAGGGCCCCGUGGUGGCGUUCGCGGCGGCGUGGUUCGGCUUCUCGUCCAUGGUGCCCCUCAUGAUUCUGCUGCUGUGCUUCGGGGCUGUGGCUGCCUUCCGCGCCAGUCGGAUCCACAGGCGCACAAUGGGGAGUGUCAGGCUGUCAAAUGAAGCUUGUGUAGCUUAACGCGAAAAAAAACAAUUAUUUAUUACUUGAUUUUCGCACCUUCUUUCUUAUAAGCUGUCGUGAAUAGCAGUGUAGUAUGAAGUGAGUUUAUUCUACUACCAAAGGUGUAUAACAUUCGCAUAAAUUUAACUUUUUUCAGUAUUAUCUGUACCAUUUAUUUCUCUAGAUGAAUAGAAACAUAUUUUGAUUAGAUUAUUUUUUAUUUGAUUAUAUGUAUAUCCUAGUCUGAUUUAGAAGCUAUUUAGCACAAUGAUAAUAAUUUUUCUCAUAAAAUGAGCACUCUGUACGUUCUUCAAUAAUUCAAUGUAGUUAUUUUAUUAAUAAUAUUAAUGGGUUAGAGACUGCGCUAACCAGAUUGUUAAGCAUAUUGCAGAAUAUAUUGUGAACUAUAAUUGAUUAUGGCAUUAAAAGAAAUGCUUGAAGUU